CCUUCCCCAAACACACCCGAUAAACAGGCGUCCCCGGAGCUAUCCCUGCACGCGCAGCAGCUAUGGCAUCGUCAUCGAGCUGUCUGUUUAAUACUUAUUGAGCCCAAGUACCACCUCUUUUCCCAGCUUCCCGCGUUUGUGCCGCGUUCCGCCGUCAUGCGCUUCUCUACCGUCGUUGCCGGGCUGCUGUUCGGUCUCGAAGCAGGCGCAGUGCACGUUGGACACCCCAGUAUUGGUCAAUUGACCCAAAAGGCCGAAGAGAUCAGGGCGCGUCAAUCGCUCGCGAAGCGCGACGUCGACCCGGAAGAACUGUACCCAGCCUACAAUCUCUCGGUGCCCAUCGACUUCUUCCCGAAUGAGACGCGAUACGAGCCGCACCUGAAUGGCACCUUCAAUUUGCGGUACUGGUUCGAUGCCACCUACUAUAAGCCGGGCGGACCCAUCUUCGUGCUUUUAUCCGGAGAGACGUACGGAACCGACCGUCUGCCUUAUCUGCAAAAGGGCAUCGUCAAUCAAGUAGCUCAGGCCACCGCAGGCAUAGGCGUCAUUCUCGAGCAUCGCUACUACGGCACCAGCUUCCCCUUUCCCGACGUAUCCGUGGAGAACCUGCGCUUCCUCUCCACCGAGCAAGCACUAGCAGACGUCGACUACUUCGCCAGAAAUGUCAAGUUCGAGGGGAUUGAUGCGGAUCUAACUGCACCCAACACUCCGUGGAUCGCCUACGGAGGCUCUUACGCUGGAGCCCAGGCCGCCUUCCUGCGUGUUGCAUAUCCCGACACUUUCUGGGGCACGAUCUCUUCAUCCGGAGUCACCGUUGCCAUCUACGACUACUGGGAGUACUUUGAACCCAUCAGGCUAUUCGCUCCACCGGAUUGCGUUAAGAACACACAGACGCUGAUUGACGUCAUGGACAACAUUCUCAUGAACAACACGGACAAGAUCAGUACUCUCAAGGAAACUUUCGGCCUAGCAAAUGUCACCGACAACCGGGAUUUUGCGAAUAUCUUUACCGCAAUCUAUGGCUGGCAAAGCACCAAUUGGGAUCCCGAGGUCAACUCGCCGUCCUUCUUUUACUACUGCGGGAACCUCUCUGGGAGUCUCAAUUACCCUGAACUCGAAUCUAAAAGGGCGACCGUGGCAGAUCUUGUUUCUGCCGCAGGAUAUGAAAACGACACACUUGUCGAGGACAUCGUCCUGAACGGCAUCGGUUACUAUGGCGAUACUUCUGUAGCAGCUUGGAACGCAUCAGGGGAGUCCCAAGACUCAUACUUUACUCAACUCAACGCAACCUAUUGGCAACAAACCGAUCUUGACACAGCGAACUACUGGAGGAGCUGGUAUUGGCAGGUAUGCACUGAGUGGGGAUACAUCCAAACGGGCAACACACCACCUGACAUCAUGCCUCUCAUUUCGCGAACCCUAGAUCUCGACUAUCUUACCAUCUUCUGCCGGGAUGGUUUCAACAUCACCUCUCCGCCGGAUACCUCGCAGGUAAACAAAUACGGCGACUACAACAUUGAGUACCCACGCCUCGCCAUCAUCGGAGGAAACGCGGAUCCCUGGAGGCCUGCUAGUCCUCUCUGGUACCCUGACUCGAGGAAUUCUACGACGGAAAAGCCAUGGCUUGAGAUUGCGCAUGCGGUCCAUCAUUGGGAGGAGAAUGGCAUCUUUGCGAAUGAGACGACGCCGAUCCUGCCACCGAAUCAGAUCGUGUACGCUCAGCAGUUCGUCAAAAACUUCGUGAUCGAUUGGCUGAAAGAGUUCAGCACUCCCGAGCACUAUGAGCUGUAGUUGCGUGAGAUAUAUGCAUUGGAAGGAGAACAAUGUGUGGGAAUAAUUUCGUCGCUAAAUAAUCAGUACUGUUAUACAGAUAUCGUGUCGCGGGACCGCG